CCAAACAAGAACACACUGUUUCUGGUAAAGGUAACAUACUUCAACGGAUUGGACAUAUUUUAGGUUGUCAAAGCUUAGACAAAUUGGAUGGUAACACAACACUUGGCUCUCUUGGUUUAGAUUCAUUGCAAGCAAUUGAAGUGAAAACUUUGAUUGAUACAACUUGUAAUGUUAAUUUAUCCAACAUUGCUAUUCUUAAAUUAACCAUUUCUGAAGUGGAUAAAUUGGCAACUGAUAGCAAUCAAAUGGCACCUGAAAAUGAUUUAGACAAAAGGAGUAUCGAAGAGCAAACGUUAAUCAACUUAACAGAUAAAGGAACUGAACCCAUAUUUUUCUUUCCUCCAGCCUUUUUUGAUUUUCUAUCAAUGAUGCCAGUUGCUGAAGCUUUAAACAGGACUGUAGUUGGUGUUCAAUUGACGGAAAAAGUUCGUUCUUUGGGAACAUUCAAGCAAAUUUCCAACUUCUAUGCAGAAACCAUAUUAGCCGCUUAUCCAAAUUUAAAAAGAUAUGAUUUUGGUUAUUCCUUUGGUUGUACUGUUGCUUUUGAAUUGGCAAAAGUGUUACAAGAAAUGAUUGGGAAAUCUCGAGUUGAUCGGAUUGUAUUUAUUGAUGCUUCGCCUUAUGGUUUGAAAAGGUUGGGACAAAAAACCAUGAAAAUGGUGCUUGCUGGUAUUCCUAGUUGGGAAAUAUUCAUUUCUAUAAUGCAGUUCAUGGGUGUUAGAAUUGACGAGAAAACUAAAAGAUUAUUAGAGGAAUCUGAAGAUGACGAGUUCAUGUAUCAAGAAGUUGUCACACAAACCCUGAUUGAUGCUGGAAUGAAUGGUCUCACUGAUUCGUUGAUUGACAAUGCUGCCGGAAUGAUUGACAGAACUUAUUAUCUUGGAUCAAUGGAGGAUUUAGGGACAUUUGAUGGCGAUGCUUUGUUUAUUCAAGUUAUAAAUAAAGCAGUUGUAUCGAGCGGUACAAGUUCACUUGUUAAUGAAGGUCUCCCUAAGAUUAUCAAAGGUGCUUUGAAAACAGUCAUGUUCAAUGCAACUCAUUUUGAUGUACUCAAAGUUUACGCUCGGGAAGUAGCUGCUGAAAUUGAAAAGAUUAUGCCGUGAUCAAGAAUUUGGAUUUUUUUACUUGAUGUACAAAGAUUAUUAUUGAAUAAUUCUGGUAAUUUUGGAUAGACUAGUUAA